UAGAGAGAGAAAGAGAGGAAGAGAGAGAGAGAGAGGCAUUCAGACAGAGGAGUGUGCAUAUGUGGAUGUACUUGCCUGCCUCGCUGACUGCCUGUCUGUGUGUGUGUGUGUGUUUGUGUGAGUGUGUGUGAGACAGAAGGAGACAGCAGAGGGGUGGAUGCGUGCAUACGACUCCAGAGGCCUGGAUGUGCAAGGCGACUCCGGGAAACACAAAACGAGACAGGAGUGGACACAAACUGCUGACUGAACUACAGGAGAACACCGGGGCAGAGUGUGGAGGAGUCAGCAGACGAGACAGCGCACACGAGACCUGACCGAUAGCGGCCAUGGCGAGCAAUAACACAGCCAGCAUCGCACAAGCCAGGAAGCUGGUGGAGCAGCUGAAGAUGGAGGCCAACAUCGACAGGAUAAAAGUGUCAAAAGCAGCUGCAGACUUAAUGUCAUACUGCGAAGCCCACGCCAAAGAGGACCCACUAUUAUCACCCGUGCCAGCUUCAGAGAACCCUUUCAGGGAGAAGAAGUUCUUCUGUGCCAUCCUGUAAGGCGGCAUGGUCCUUCAGCAGUCGGCUCAGCGUGGAACUUUGAACAUGGAUGUUCAAAAUACUUAGAAAUCCUUUAGCAGGAGGGCGUAUUGAUUAUUGCCCCCCUUCAUUUCUUGAACUGCACCUGCAGGGUGCAGUUUUAAACCAGAGUUAACAUGUAACCAUUGAAAGGGUUGUGAUUGGUUUCUGAGACAUCUGUUCUUUUACACAAUACAAAUGGAUGACAAGGAUGACAACCCAGAAACAUGAUGGACAACCAGUAAACCGACUAAGUCUUUAGGUUGUGUGAUGUGUACAAAACAGAAAUAGAUAAAAAAAAAUUUAAAUAAAAAAAUAUUUUGUGGCUCUUUUGGAACUUCCAAAUGUUCUGUUAAAUUGUUUGUGAAUGGAUGGAGCACUAUAAGACAGCAAACACAAAUAAUCUGAGAUCUGACAAUUGGAAACUUUUUAAAGUUGUUGUUUAUGUUUACUUCAACUUUUAUUGGUCACCCAGAUGUCUUUCUAUAAGUGUAGAUAAUUACUGAAACAGCUGUCUCCCAUAAGUCCCCCACUUUUUUUUUUGUAACAGCAAGAUGCUAACAGCAAGAUGCUAGAUGAUUGUGUGAUUCUCUUUACAAAUACUUUUCUCUGUGUAUGAACAUCUGGCAAAUAUGAUAUUGUUUUGCUCCUUCAGAUACAAACCUUCUUUCUACUAUUUGUAUAAAAUGAUUAGCAAGUAAACUUGUGCUGUGCUGUGAGUCCUG